AUGCCAUCCCGGCGAAAAUCCUUGAUGUUUGCCUCAGCGUCUUUGACCAGUAUCUGCUCCUUUGUGAUAGUUUGCUGUGUCCUUGCAACCAAAAACUGGGUCUCAAGUAAAAUCAACUACAAAGAAGGAAAUUCAACAGUGGUGAUCACCGUUACAUAUGGACUCUUUGAAGGACUUUGCUCAAGAAAUGUGCUCCAAGGAAUUGGCAAACCAGACAGCAUUUUCCAAGUUACAGAUUUAUUGGAGAAUACCACAAUGAAGACUUUCAACAUUAUAAUUAUCCUUCUACUGGUUCUUCAUUUGUUUAGCACCUUCCUCAGUUUUGUGUUUACAUCUUAUAAUGCCAUUAGCAAUCCUUAUCAAACCUUUUUGGGUCCAAUUGGAGUCUAUACCUGGAAUUGCAUUUCUGGAGUCUGCUGUCUUCUGAUUUUGAUAUUGUUUCCUGUGAAUGUGGAAGUGAAUGAACUGUCUGCGGAGCUGGCAACCAAGCAUUGCACAUCUCCAAGAGGACCCAAGACCUCCAACAAUUAUGGAUAUUCAUACUGGAUCAUACUUCUGAUGGCCCUUUUCAAUGCAGCAACUGUUAUCAUAAUUGUAUUCUACCAACGAGCGAGGUAUUCAAAAAGGAAAGAACAGGAGAGACCUAUGGAAUGCGCUCCAAAAGAUGGCAUUUUAUUUUAAUGGAAUCAACAUUCUGGGAUCGCCCCUAUUUUGGAAUCAAACUGUUUACUUCAAGAUCCAACCAUUAUUAGAUUUUUGUGUGUCCUGUGGACUCAUGUAG